AUGAUUUUAUUUUAUUUCUUUUGCUUCGUUCGAAUUGUUGUCUUUUCUUUCUUCUUCACUGCAGCGCUUAACCAUUUUCUUUCUUUCUUUCUUUUUUCUUUCUUUCUCUCUUUCUUUCUUUCUUUCUUUCUUUGUCUCUUUCUUUCUCUCUUUCUUUCUCUCUUUGUCUCUUUCUCUGUUUCUUUCUAUGACUCUUUCUUUCUUUCUUUGUCUCAUUCUUUCACUCUCUCUUUCUUUCUUUCUCUCUUUCUUUAUUUAUUUCUUUCUUUCUUUCUCUCUUUCUUUCUUUCUUUUAAUUUUUUUCUCUCUUUCUUUCUUUCUUUCUUUCUUUCUUUGUCUCAUUCUUUCUCUCUCUCUUUCUUUCCUUCUCUCUCUCUCUUUCUUUCUUUCUUUCUUUGUCUCAUUUUUUAUUUCUUUCUUUCUUUGUCUCUUUCUUUCUCUCUUUCUUUCUUUCUUUUUUCUUUCUUUCUCUCUUUCUUUCUCUCUUUCUUUAUUUCUUUCUCUCUUUCUUUCUUUCUUUCUUUCUUUGUCUCUUUCUUUCUUUCUUUCUUUUUUUCAUUUUCAUACAAUGUAUCCUCCUUUCUUCAUUCAUCUCUUUCUUACAUUUGUGUCCUUUUCUUGUCUUUUAUUCUUUCUCCUAACCUCUCUCUCUCUCUCUCUCUCUCUCUCUCUCUCUCUCUCUCGGUCUAUCUAUCUAUAUAUCUAUGGAUUGCGUAUACAUAG